AACCAAGCCACGUAGUGCAAUUUACAAAACAUUACUAGCGUCAGAAAUGUAUUAUAACCAAGCAACGGAAUGAUUUUGUGCUGAACUUUAUCACGUUACACUGCCUUAGAGAUAACGCUCAUCAACCUUGUUAAUCCGCCAUUUUCUCAUUUCUAUACAGUAUACUUUGAACUGCUGAUUUUGUCAUUAACGUCAUCAGUACUAUAGUACCUGUGAAACUGAUAAACCAUUCGUGAAAUAGAAGAACUGUGAAAACUGAUAAACCAAACUCGUAAACCAACACAUUCGUGAUAUCGUUGUAUUUGUUCUUCAACAUUACUACAUUCUAACCUAAAACGUGUCGUAGAGUUUUCUAUCACCAAAGUUGAGAUAAAAGAUUAAAGCAAUGCCAGAGAAGAGAGUGCUCAUGAUUUGUUUAGGAAAUAUAUGUCGUUCUCCUAUUGCUGAGGCUGUGUUUAGUAAUCUAAUACAAGAAAAGGGUUUAAAUGAUUUAUGGUAUGUAGAAAGUGCUGCACUGAUCGGAUAUCAUACAGGAAAAAAUCCGGAUCAUAGAGCUAUGACCACUCUUAGGGAAAAAGGAAUAACUAAUUAUUCUCAUAAAGCCAGACCGAUUAAAAAAGAUGAUUUUGAAAAAUUUGACUGGAUUUUUGGGAUGGACAAUGAUAACAUUAGUGAAUUAAACAGAUUGAAACCUCAAAACUGUAGUGCAAAGAUAGAAUUGCUUGGUCAAUAUGAUCCAAAUGGUGAAAUCAUUAUUAGGGAUCCAUAUUAUGACAGUGGCAAAGCAGGAUUUGAAAAAGUACAUGAGCAGUGUGUGAGAAGUAUUGAAGCUUUUUUAGAAAAAUACAAAGAUUAACUGGUACGAUUGGGCAAGAAGAUAGAUUUGUUUAUAAAAUCUCUUAUGAAAGAAAAACGUAAUGAUGAAUAUAUUAAUUUCCAAUGUACUUGAAGAAAAUUAAAUAAAAAAUGCAUUUUUUUC